GUCUUAAUCCUUUCUCACCACAGCACAAGAAGAAAUAGUAUUUGCUUAAAUCUCAAAAAAGAUGCCUCAAGGUGAUUUGAAUGGAAGUUCUUCUGCGAAUGGUGAGCGCGUUACACGUGCUCCUGUUCCGGGGAAGGCCACAAUACUUGCUUUAGGGAAGGCUUUCCCUAGUCAAGUCCUUCCUCAAGAGUGUUUGGUUGAAGGGUACAUUCGUGACACUAAGUGUGAAGAUGAUUAUGUUAAGGAGAAAUUGACGCGUCUUUGCAAAAACACAACUGUGAAAACAAGAUACACGGUGAUGUCAAAGGAGAUCCUAGACGAAUAUCCAGAGUUAUUCAUAGAAGGAACACCAACAAUAAGACAAAAGCUAGAAAUAGCAAAUCCAGCAGUAGUUGAAAUGGCAACAAGAGCAAGCAAAGCUUGCAUCGAAGAAUGGGGAAGAUCACCUGAAGAAAUCACACACAUUGUCUAUGUCUCCUCGAGCGAAAUUCGUCUACCUGGGGGUGACCUUUACCUUGCCAAUGAACUCGGCCUAAAAAGCGAUGUUAAUCGCGUAAUGCUCUAUUUCCUUGGUUGCUACGGAGGUGUCAGUGGUUUACGUGUCGCCAAAGACAUCGCUGAAAAUAAUCCUGGUAGUAGGGUGUUGCUCACAACUUCUGAAACAACAAUACUUGGUUUUCGACCACCAAACAAAGCUAGACCUUAUGAUCUUGUUGGCGCCGCACUUUUUGGUGACGGUGCUGCUGCAGCUAUAAUCGGAACAAACCCUUUACCGAAUCAAGAAAGACCUUUCAUGGAAUUGAACUAUGCUGUCCAACAAUUCUUGCCUAAUACACAAAAUGUGAUUGAUGGUAGAAUUACUGAAGAGGGUAUUAAUUUUAAGCUUGGAAGAGAUCUUCCUCAAAAAAUUGAAGACAACAUUGAAGAAUUUUGCAAGAAAUUGAUGGCUAAAAGUGGUGUUAAAGAAUUUAAUGAGAUGUUUUGGGCUGUUCAUCCUGGUGGGCCUGCAAUACUUAACAAGCUUGAGAAUACACUCAAAUUGAGUGGUGAUAAAUUGGAAUGUAGUAGGAAGGCAUUGAUGAAUUUUGGAAAUGUUAGUAGCAAUACUAUAUUUUAUGUGAUGGAGUAUAUGAGGGAUUAUUUGAAAAAUGAUGGAACUGAAGAAUGGGGGUUAGGAUUGGCUUUUGGACCAGGGAUUACUUUUGAAGGGGUUCUCCUCCGCAGCCUUUGAUCUUGAGAUGGUUACAUGAAGAUGCAUAAUUUACUUGAUUAAUUCUUUGAUAUGAUGUUUCUUUAAAAUUUAUUUAUAAUAAGGUCUGAUGUAACAAGUUAUUGUUCUAUGAAUGUCAAGAGGGGGUAACAAAUUAUACUAUUUAGGAGGAUUAAGGUUUGCAAAAGUUGUAUGGAGGACUUAUAUUAUUUAUAUAUAAUUUACAUUUAAAAUGUGAG